GAGAGAGGGAGAGAGAGAGGAGAGGACAAAUUGAUAUAACUUUGAACUUGAGUACAGAUCGAUAAAUGUAGCUCUUCGUUUGUAGGAGAGGAGACUGUUUUUGGUGUAAAGUACCAGGCAUAUUUCCAUUUGAAAAAUAAAAGAGCUGCCAAAAACAUUCGACAAAAGAAGAAAAAGAAGACAAAGGGUAAGAGAAACCAUGGAAAUCCCUGAUGUGGCCUCAAUUAAUAUAGAGGGUCGGCCUGAGAUGUUUGAUUUUGAGGGUGUUUCUAUGACCAACUUCUUCACUGACAACUGGGAAAAUGUAAAGAACUUUCAGGCAAGACCGGAUGACAUACUGAUCGCCACUUACCCUAAAGCAGGCACCACCUGGGUUUCUUAUAUACUGGACCUUCUGUAUUUUGGUAGUGCUGAUUUAGAGCACCAGACUUCCCAGCCUAUUUAUAUGAGAGUGCCAUUCUUGGAGUCAUGCUUUCAAAACUUUCCAUCAGGAGCUGAAAUGGCUGAUAAUCUGAAAACUUCUCCUCGACUCAUUAAAACUCAUUUACCUGUUCAGCUUGUGCCCAAGUCAUUCUGGGAGCAGAACUCAAGGGUGGUGUACGUAGGCCGUAAUGCAAAAGACAAUGCUGUUUCCUACUUUCAUUUUGAUCGAAUGAACAUGGUACAGCCUGAACCCGGAGACUGGAACUACUUUUUACAGAGAUUUAUGGAAGGAAAGAAUGUGUUUGGUUCGUGGUUUGACCAUGUCAGUGGAUGGUGGGAGAAGAAACAGACCUAUUCUAACUUACUCUACUUGUUCUAUGAGGAUAUGAUUGAGGAUACAGGGCGAGAGGUGGAACGUUUGUGCUCCUUCCUGGGAUUAUCAACUUCGGCUCAGGAGAGAGAGAAAAUAACAAAAGGAGUUCAUUUUGAUUCAAUGAAACAAAACAAAGUGACCAAUCAUGCCACAAUCCCUUUCAUGGACUUUAAGAUUUCACCCUUUAUGCGAAAAGGUAAAGUUGGAGACUGGAAGACUCUCUUCACUGUGGCACAAAAUGAAGAGUUUGAUGAGGUCUACAAACAAAAGAUGAAGAACACCACUGUCAAGUUUCGGACAGACAUUUAAAGAUUGUGUUGCGGUCAUUGUUUCAGAAUAGUCACUAAAUAAUUAGUAGUGCACAAUCUCAGUUCUCUGAAAUUGACUGAUCUGACGAGUACUUUUCUUUAAAAAUAUUCAGGAUUUUUUUCUUUAAAUGUGAGGAGGAAUAGGAUUUUCUAAAAUAGUCUAAAUAAAAUUGUAAAAGUCUACAAUCUUUGACUGCACAUGGGUAGCAUGCUUGCUUACUUUAAUAUACUAGAAAUAAAGUUGAAAAGCAAUGAAUAUAAAGUGUGUCAUACUUGGAACUGAAUAAUUCUGUUUACUGUUUAAGGAAAAAAAGAUACAUAAGUUCACAAAGACUGGUCAAAAGGCUUUGCAAAAAGUUUUUGCUGCUAUCAUUUCUUUCUUUCUUCAAUAA